GCAAGAUAUAUAAGUAUCGUGUUGUCAAUUUCUAUAGAUUCAUUUUAUGCGUUUUUUUUUGUAAUUCUAUUAUUAAAUUUAGUUUUUCGAUUUAAAAAUGUCUUCGGAAGAUGAAAAUGACGAAUUAACAGAUUUAGAAAAGAUACGCGAUAAAAUGUUAAGUCAACCGCGUUACGAUCGUAUGCAAGUUAGUGCUUGGGAAGACGACGACGACGGUGUAGAAGCUGAGCGUAAUGCAAAAGAGCCGGAUGAAAAAGCAAUUUUAAGUGCCGCUGAAAACGGUGAUAAAGAUAAAGUUAAAUUAUUAUUGAUAAAAAAUAUUAAUUUAAUAGAAUGUUCAGAUAAGGAUGGAUAUAGGCCUCUUCAUAGAGCGUGUUAUGGAAAUCACGUGGAAAUUGUUGAGCAUCUCCUUCAAGCGGGUGCAAAAAUAAAUUCAAAGACUAUGGAUGGAUGGCAACCCUUACAUUCUGCUUGUUGUUGGAACAAUGUAGAAUGUGCUGCCAUUCUAAUUGCUAACGGAGCGGAUGUUAAUGCAAAAAGCAAAGGAGAUCAAACCCCUUUACAUUUAGUGUCAGCGAGUUCUCAUAAUUCUUCUGCUUUACAGCUGCUUCUUUUAAAUCCUGAUACAGAUCCCUUGAUAAUAAAUUCAAGUGGUGAUACACCCGAGCAAAUUGCUAAAAGAACUGGUAAAUAUUAUCCAAUUUUCGAAAUAAUCGAACCGUGUUUAAAUGAAAUUUAAAAUAAAGUUUUAUAUAUAUAUAUAUAUACAUAUAUGUUUAGAAUUGCAUCACAUUAU